UAGAGUACAGCAAUUACAACUGCAACUACAACCUAACCAACUGAUUUUCAGCCACGCUUUCUUAGAAAAAUCUCUAAUUUAACAGCUCUUAUUUAUACCCUCUCUCUCUCUUCCACCCUUUCUCGGCCCUCAACAACUCCUCCCUCGAACCCCAUUAGCCUCCAUUUUAUCAUCUUAGAUAUAUUCCUCAUAGUCUUCCACCCCUCUCUAAUCCAAGCCUUCUCUCUUUGAUUCUCUCUUUCUUCUUCUACUUUUUCUUUUUCUCCUCUCAUGUGAGGUGUGUUGUUGUUACUUUGGAUUCCCACAAAGACAACAACUAGUUGCCAAAGACUCUAAAAAGUCUUUUUUCUUCUUCUUCCUUUUCUGUCACCAACAUAAUAAUAAUAAUAUUGACCAUAACCAUGUGUGUAAAGGAUGCAGAGCAAGAAAUAGAGAACCCAAUUGACAAUAAUAGUAAUAGCAACAAGAUGCAAUCUUGGCCUUUGCAUUGUGACCUCUUGCAAACCCGGAUGGAGAAUUUUGAUCAAGACUCUUCUUUGAUUUGUUCUAGUGGUGGGAUUAGUGUUGCCAACUCUUAUCCUCUGGAAAGCAUCUGCGAGGAUAGAGUGGUCACAGAAAGGAAACAGAAUCUGUUAACAGAUUUUUUCCCCACCCUUCGCUCAGGAGAAUGGUCUGAUAUUGGCGGUCGGCCUUACAUGGAAGACACACACAUUUGCAUCAGUGACUUGGCUAAGAAGUUUGGUUCCAAUUUGCUCAUCAGCGAGCAUGCUAUUUCUUUCUAUGGUGUAUUUGAUGGGCAUGGAGGAAAGAGUGCAGCACAUUUUGUCUGUGAACAUUUACCAAGAGUCAUUGUUGAGGAUGCUGAUUUCCCUGUAAAACUUGAGAAAGUGGUCGCAAGGUCAUUCAUUGAGACUGAUGCUGCAUUUGAAAAGUCAUGCUCCCUUGAGUCAGCCCGUUCUUCUGGCACUACUGCACUUACUGCAAUGAUAUUUGGGAGGUCAUUGCUUGUGGCAAAUGCUGGUGAUUGUCGGGCAGUAUUAUCACGAGGUGGAGUAGCUAAGGAAAUGUCAGAGGAUCACAGACCUUGCUGCAUUAAAGAAAGGACUAGAAUUGAGUCCUUAGGUGGAUUCAUUGAUGAUGGUUAUCUAAAUGGUCAGUUAGGUGUUACCCGUGCAUUAGGUGAUUGGCAUCUCGAAGGAAUGAAGAAAACAGGUGAGAAAAGUGGCCCAUUAAGUGCUGAACCAGAACUUAAAUUGGUUACGUUGACCAAGGAAGAUGAGUUUUUGAUAAUCGGAAGUGAUGGAAUAUGGGAUGUAUACUCAAACCAAAAUGCAGUAGAUUUUGUUAGGAAGAGACUUCAAGAGCACAAUGAUGUGAAGCAGUGCUGCAGAGAAAUGGUUGGGGAAGCAAUAAAUCGGGGAGCAACCGACAACUUGACCGUUGUAAUUGUUAGCUUUCACUUGGAGCCACCGCCACCGGUGGUGGUACAGAGGACAAGAUUCAGGCGGAGCAUUUCCGCUGAGGGACUUCAGAAUCUCAAAUGCUUGCUAGAAGGAUGACAUCUCAAAGUUGAUUCUCACCACAAGCAGGACAUUUUGACUUGGAAGUUGGAAGCUUCCAAAACUGCCCAACACAAAUUCCAACAAGACAAACUAGUUUCAUAACUCAUUGUAUCACAAGUUUGGUUCCUCUAUCCUCUGCCUUCACCACUUAAAGUUAAUUCAUUUCUCGUAUUUUUGUGGUGGCAUGUUUGAAACAUCAUGGAUAACAGUCUAUUGUAACAAAGUUCGUAAAUUACAGUGGUUCUUUAUUUCCAACAAUCAAUUUACUUAUCAACCACGUUUAGGAAA